UCUACUCAAUCAUUACUGCCAGGCCAUCUGUGAUCCCAAGUCCCUAAACAUAAACUCUCCAUCAGGUCUCAGCACUCCCCUCACACCGUUCAUUCCAACAUAUUCACAUCUCACCGGUUUAAACACUUACUCAGGAAACACCAUCACCACCAUGUCCGCCCCUCGAUCCCGCCUGCGGAACGUGCUAGGCCACCUCCUCCCGCAGCCCCCCUCCUUACCCACCCCCAAUGACCCCCCUUCACCAUCCCCGUCCCAAGAUAACACCGCCACCACCGCGCCUCCUCCGUACCACCUCGCGCACCUCUCGCCAACCUUCUUCCUCGAGCGCGCCGCCUCCAUCGAGCCCGACGCCGACGCCGUCUACCACAUGACCGCCGCCGGCCACCCGCUCGUGCGCUCCUACCGCCAGGUCGCCGACCGCGCCCGCGGCUUGGCGUACUACCUGCGCAGCAGGGGGUACAGGCGGGUGGGCGUGCUGAUGCCCAACACGCCGGCGUUUCUGGAGAGCAUUUAUGGUAUUGUCGCGGCCGGCGGGGUGGUUGUGCCGGUGAACUACAGGCUCAAGGAGGAGGAUGUGAGGUAUAUCCUUGAGUUUGCCGAGGUGCAGUGCGUGUUUGUCGAUCGGGAGUUUGAGGGGUUGUUGGGGAGGUUUAGGAAGGGAAAAGGGGGAAAAGGGGUGGAGGUCAUUGUUGAUUUGGAUACCGGUGCCACCGAGGGGGAGAUGUGCGGGCCGUUUGAUGAGGCGGUGCUCGAAGGCCUCAGGAUAGACCAGGAGACUGGGGACAAGGGGUGGUCUGAUCUGGUGUCGCGGACGGUUACAAACGAGGAUGAUACGAUCGCUAUCCCAUUCACAUCGGGGACAACGUCCCGGCCAAAGGGAGUAGUGUAUACCCAUCGCGGUGCUUACCUCGCCGCCCUGGCGAAUGUUGUCGAGUCCGGGCUGAACCUCCCCGAGGGGAGGUGCAAGUAUCUUUGGACGUUGCCCAUGUUCCACGCUGUCGGCUGGACAUUCCCCUGGUCAGUCUGUGCGGUCCGCGGCACGCAUGUCUGCCUGCGCAAGAUCGACUAUGCCCUGAUAUGGAAGCUUCUCAAGGAGCAAGGCAUCACGCACUUCAACGCGGCGCCCACCGUCAACACGCUGCUCUGCGCCCACAAGGACGCCGAGGUUCUCCCCCGCCCCGUCCGCGUCACCGUGGCCGCCAGCCCGCCGACGGCCCACCUCUUUGAGCAGAUGACCAGCCUCAACCUCAUCCCCGUGCACGUCUACGGCCUGACCGAAACGUACGGGCCCAUCACACGCGGCUACAUGCUCCCGGCGUGGGAUGUGCUCCCGAAGCACAAGAAGUACGCCAACAUGGCGCGGCAGGGCCACGGCUUCCUAACCUCGCUCCCCGUGCGCGUCAUUAAGCAAGACCAGCCCGAGGGCGUGCUGGUCGACGUGGCCCGGGACGGCAAGGAGAUGGGCGAGAUUGUGUUUGAGGGCAACAUCUGCUGCAAGGGGUACUACAAGGACCCCGAGGCGACGCGCAAGUUGUUUGCGGGGGGCGUGCUGCACUCGGGGGACCUGGCGGUGUGGCACCCCGACGGGAGCAUCCAGAUCCAGGACCGGGCCAAGGAUAUCAUCAUUUCUGGCGGCGAAAAUAUCUCGUCGGUCGCCCUCGAGUCGAUGCUUGUCGAGCACCCGGACAUCCUCGAGGCCGGCGUCGUGGCGGUGCCCGACGCGCACUGGGGCGAGCGGCCCAAGGCCUAUCUGACGGUUAAGGAGGGCGGCGAGGGCAGGAUCCGCGGGGCGGACGUCAUCGAGUGGGCCAAGCACCAGAGCGCCAUCAGCAGGUACAUGGUGCCGCGGGAGGUGGAGAUUGUGAGGGAGCUGCCCAAGACGAGCACGGGCAAGAUCAAGAAGAACGUGCUGCGGGAGUGGGCCAAGAAGGGCACGCCGAGGGAGGUGCUGAUUGGGGUGUAGAAGAGAAGGGUAGUUUGGAAAAGGAUCUGGAUGUUCAGGGCUUUAUAAAGGGGGAACAAGGCUGUGCACCGCACGGGCGAGCUGCAGGUAGAGUCUCCUUCUGGCCCAUCCCCUUCGAUCCACCCAUCUCACACAUGAUUGCAAACCUUUCCACCAGAAUAGAAGC